CUUGUAUAAAUACCCAUUUAUAUGUUAAUACAAUAAUUAAUUCCCAUUCUCAAAAUCUCCUACAUGGUAUCAGAGUUUUUUUUGCUUCCUAAUUCUUCUACGACACUUUCUUUCCCUUUUUUAUUCUUCUUCCCUUGACUCCCAUGGCUGGGGAUGCCUCUUCUUCAGAAGAUGAAGUUGAUCCAGCCAACUCUCUUCAUUCCCCCACUUCUGAACCACCCUUGAACUAUAAUAUGGAGAGUCCAUAUUACUUGCUCUCUUCAGAUAACCCCGGCGUCUCCCUCGUCGGCAGCCCUCUCACCGGACUAGACAACUACUCUUCAUGGGCGCUUGCUAUGACUAUGGCUCUCAAAGGCCGAAAUAAAUUUUGUUUUGUUGAUGGAUCGUUGCCGGUUCCUCCAUCGGAUCAUCGGGACCAUGCUCGUUGGCAGCGCAUUAAUAACAUGGUUAUGUCCUGGAUUUUACACUCCGUUCACUCCUCUCUUGCACCUACGGUUCUCUAUGCCCCAGACGCCUCCACCGUUUGGUCUGAUUUCAAAGAUCGGUACUCUACUGCCAAUGGCCCCCGGAUUUACGAACUCGAGCGCUCUAUUGCUACUCUUCAUCAACGGGAUGAUUCUAUCCCCGUCUACCACAAUAAACUAUCCGGUUUAUGGGAAGAACUUAAUCUUCUUGACCCUCCGCCACAGUGUACUUGUUCUGCCCGGACAGCAUAUAUCACUCAAAUUGAACGACGCCGUUUGAUGCAAUUUUUGAUGGGGCUUCGGGAUACUUAUGCACCCUCACGCAGCCAGCUUCUCCUUAACACCACACUGCCCUCUGUCAAGCGUGCAUACUCCCUUUUGCUUCAGGAUGAAGCCCAACGCAUCCAUGCCCCGGUUAUGUCUUCCAUGGAACAUGCAGCCUUCAACACUACUGUCCCAGGUUCUCUACCAGGUUUGCUGCCUUUGCCGUCCUCUUCUCAGCCCGCUGCUUACAUAGCUCAUCAAAACGGAGGCCCAAAGCAGUUCGUGACAGGUUCCUCUAAACACAAAUGCUCUCACUGUGGUCUUCUUGGUCACACUCAGCAGGUUUGUUACCGCCUUCAUGGUUAUCCUCCUGGUCAUAAAUUUUACCGCAAGGGUAAUUCACAUGGUUCUUCCAAUCCCGCUGCUACUGUCGGUAAUGAUCCUAUACAAAAAUUACUUCGUUUGCUUCAAGAUUCUAAGGAACCUAAAGCUAAUAUGAUUGGACCUUUCGACGAAGAAGGAGAUUGGUCGGGGCCAUGAACGUGGUGGAUUAUAUGUGUUUACUAAUAAUGUUAUUUCCUCUACUGUUUUAGCUAUUUCCUCCGAGACAUGGCAUUCUCGUUUUGGACACCCCUCUCCCAAUGUUUUUAAACAUUUAGUUCCCUUUUUGGGAUGCUCUCCUUAUAAUAAUAUUUGUCAGACUUGUCAUUUUUCUAAGCAAACUCGUUUGCCUUUUCCUUUACACCGUACUAGUACUACUACUUGUUUUGAAUUAAUUCAUGUUGAC